AUGGUUCGCCAAUGUGGGUGCGGUGAGGUUGAAGGAUGUUUGGGUGGAGCGCACGCCGGAUUCCUACAAUGCGCCGAUCAAUGUCAAAACCACGUGGCGGCGAUGGGUGCGAGUUAUCCGGCUUUGCGACAAUGUAUGGUGCAAAAAGAGGCGGCGAUUGGAGCGGUGGCGAAUUGUCAGAAAGGAAGAUUGGCUAAUUCGUAAGUCUAAUGGGAUUGAAACAAGUUCGCUUUAUUGCACUUGAAGUAUACCGGUUAAUAAUUUCUCAAAAUUCGCAAACUUCAAAAUUUCAAGACACAUAAAUUAAAUGGGGACUAGAAAUUGAAUUAGGCAAACCCUAGUCCCCCUCCUGUCUAUAAUCAAUUUCCAGAUGUUCACGCGGCGGCGGCGGAAUGGUUCAAAAACGCUAUCCAGAAACCUUGAAGCUCGCCGCAUUCACCGAAGUCAAUCAAAUUUUGCAAAGAAGUGGAAUUCAGGCGGAAGCCAAGGCUUUCAUUUCCGUUGGUAAGAAAUUCGCCACGUGUGUUAUGAAGUGUAUGGAUCGCGGAUCAGCCGGAGCUUGUUUCAAGAAACUCGGGUAUGUUUUUUAUAUUAUAUUUAAAAAAACUUAUUUUUUCCCAAAAUACAAACCUGUUUUUGUUUCAGAUGUGGCCUCGAUCUUCCACCAGACAGUGUCUUGGUUCAAUCCACCAAACAGUGCGCCAUUUCCUCCGGUUUCAAUACCGCCGGUGUUCGUCAACUCUGUAAUUGUGUGGCUGGAAGUGGUGUUCGUAAUUUGGCUCCACUUUGUAACCGAAUUGUGAUCUCCUAA